AUGUUCUUCGGUCACGGCAAUAUGUUUGGCGAGGACUUCGGCGCUCGACCCUCGGGAAACGCCGAUACGCAGAAGCUCUAUGACGUUCUUGGGAUUGAAAAAAGUGCUUCUACUUCUGAUAUAAAAAAAGCAUAUCGCAAAUUGGCCAUGCAACAUCACCCAGAUAAAGGGGGAGACGAGGAAGAGUUCAAGUUGAUAACUAAAGCAUAUGAGAUAUUAAGUGACGAUGAAAAACGGAGAAAAUACGAUCAAUUUGGUGAAGAGGGUGUCGAUUCAGAUGGUGGUAUGGCUCACGCGACUGAUAUUUUCGAUAUGAUGUUUGGCGGUGGCAGACGAGGAGGUGGCGGAGGAGGACGACGUAGAGGAGAUGACGUACAGCAUAUCUUGGAAGUGUCGUUGAAGGAACUGUACACUGGGGCUACCCGAAAACUUAUGAUUAACCGUGUUGUGGUUGAUAAGGACGUACCUAUUACUACUUGUAAUGCAUGUGAUGGACAAGGAGCUACUGUAAAGGUCAUUAGGAUGGGACCAAUGAUUCAACAAAUACAAUCACCAUGCCGGCAAUGUCAGGGCAAAGGGCAAAGUUUUAAAACGAAGCGCAGCAAAGAGAUGGUAGAGGUGCAUAUUGAAAAGGGUAUGAGACAUGGUCAGCGUAUACCAUUCCGAGGGAUGGCCGAUGAGGACAGCCCCGAUGUUGAGCCCGGCGACUUGGUCAUUGUUUUGAAGCAGAAAGAAGAUACAGGUGGCUUCACUAGAAAAGGAAAUGAUUUAUUCAUUCGUCGUAGCAUAACUUUACUGGAAGCACUAACGGGAUAUACGACUGUUGUGAAUCACUUGGAUGAUCGAAAAUUGAUAAUUCGCUCUAAGGCGGGUGACAUUAUCAGACCGAUUGAUAUGACGAGUGAGAAGCAUUUUUUGAAGUCUGUGAAAGGAGAGGGAAUGCCCACACAUGAGAACCCGUUUGUGUAUGGCAACCUGUUCUUGAUCUUGGACAUAGUUUUCCCGGAAAGUUUAUCGGAGGAAGCAAUGGGGAAGUUGAAAGAAGUGUUGCCGGCACCUAAAGGUUCACCGAGAAUUACCAAAAAGAUGGAGGAGGAAUAUGAACAUCAUGAGUUGGUCGAUAUGGAUCCUAGUGUGAGCGCGCGUAUGGGGGCGGAGAGUGGCGGUGGUGAGGCCUAUGAUGAAGAUGACGAGGAAGGUCACAGGGGCCCUAGUGUGGCCUGUGCACAGCAGUAG